UUUAACAGUGAAGGCUGUAAUAUUUUAUCGAAUGAUAGACAAUACAAUUUUAUAAUGAGCUGAAUUAAUUGCAAAUGGAAUAAACAGAUAGUAUUUAUCUAUCGAUUUCCUACUGUGAAUGUUUCACAAUGGAAGAAGUCACCAUGUCCUUUUUGCCAUUGUUAAAGUUCAGUGUUCAAUUGUCAUUAUGAGUAUUGGAUUGCACUCAACAAGUAUAAGGUAUACAAUUGUAGUAGUACACUGUUUGUAGAAAUAUAAUUAAUGAUUGAUACCAAUCCAUGUAAAAUGUGUGACUUUACCACUGAUAGUCCUGCUAUAAACUUGACUGAGCAAGUGGGCAAUCAUAUUAAUUGAUUACUCUGAUGUUUUUAAUUAGUUUGCACAUUAAUUGAUUGGUAGUGCUCAAAUUGUGUUCAGGCAAGUUUGCUGCUGCCCUAUUUGAAAUAGCACAUCAAUGUAAUCCUUUAAUCAGUUCCCACUGAGCACUUGUCCUAACAAGUUUUCUCUGCAGCCUUUAAUGGUGGGAUAAUGAAGGUGCAAACAUGGCUAUAAAACAGUCUUAAGAUUUUCUAUCUGGGUAGUUCAAUGAUCAGUAAUGGUAGUGACAUGAUCAGACUAGGGCAAAUAUCAGAAUAAGUAAGCAAGUGGAUUUAUCGCCUACUGAUAACUUCAUUUCAUUCAGUAACUGUGGUUUGUUUGAUUGGGAGUUAAGAAUUUGCUCUUUUUAUACUGGUCUGACUUUUGUACAACUACUUCGAAGACAACAAUUAUGUGUACCUUAUCCUAGAGAUGUGCCAUAACGGCGAACUACAUAGGUACUUGAAAUCAAACUGCAAAGUGCUCUCAGAGGACGAGGCUCGCCACUACAUGAAGCAGAUAAUUGAAGGCAUGUUUUACCUGCACUCAUAUGGCAUUCUCCACAGGGACCUCACCCUUGCAAAUCUUCUCCUAUCUAAAGAUAUGGAUGUGAAAAUUGCUGAUUUUGGUCUGGCAACGCGGCUGAAUGGGCCAGAGGAGAAACAUUUCACCAUGUGUGGAACACCAAACUACAUAUCUCCGGAAGUUGCCAGUCGUUCAGCCCAUGGUCUGGAAGCUGACGUGUGGUCGCUGGGCUGCAUGUUCUACACAUUCCUGGUGGGCACGCCUCCGUUCGACACGGACACCGUGAAGACGACCUUGAAUCGUGUGAUCAGUGGGGAGUUUGACCUGCCGUGUAACAUCUCGCCAGAGGCAGAAGAUCUGAUUCAUCAGCUGCUGCAGAAAAAUCCAAUGAAACGCAUCCAGUUGCAUGACGUGAUAAAGCAUCCAUUUAUGCUGAAGGAGAGCACUUCUGACUACAAAAAGGAUCGCAAGCUUGCAGAGGUUUCAAUCGACAGUGGUAGGGGCACAAUGUCCACAGGUGUCAUGUCUCGUAUGUCUAGCACAACCAGCAAGCGUCCCCUGCCAGCCGUACAUCCGGUACAGUCUCAGAUCCCAGAGGAUCGGGAGCACAGUGUGAGCGGUAGUGAAAAAUCCUCAAGUGGAUGCAGCUAUGCCCCUCUCGCCUCUCCUGCCCUACGCCACCCACCAUCCCCGCCAGUACGGUUGAGAGAAUGUAAACAGAGUGAGAAAAUGUUCCCCGACAAGUAUGUCAGCACUCCAGCUGGCGACAGGAGUGUGCCAUUUUCUGACCGCACGCCAAAGACCAAUCAUUCUGCAGACUUUGUGUAUGCUAGUGCUGAUACUGGAUAUUGCAGUGCGAGCAGACAUUCCAACAGUGAAGUCGAAACUCGAUCGCACAAUCAUAGGACAGCGGAAAUGCCCAGACUGAACUUGGCUCAGUUUGACCCCUCCAAAUACCAGACCACGUCCACGUCAGGGUGGUCAUGCAGUGCAUCUGUUCACAGUAAUGAUACGAAACUAGUGAGUCCUAGAGAACACACGGUAUCCUCAGUGAGUGGCUUGUCUGAAGCCUCAUCUUUAGGAGAGUUCAGUCUGCAGAAUACAAAGAAGACUUUAGACUUUGGGGUUGACUCACAGCCAACUAGUCUGAACGAACAAUACUCCCAUCACAGUGCUCAUUCAUCGCGGCCAACGAACACCAGCACGGAAAUGAGUAAUCAGAAAAAAUGCGCAAGAAGUAACUCUGUCGAUGAACUGGCCUUCGAUAAACCAAGAUCGUCAGCCAUGGCAAUGAAAAGUAAUUCCUGCGACGAUUUAGACUUUGACGAAUCUAAGGACUUGUUCAAAAGCAAACCUGAUCAGAAUCUUCGACAGGGUGCUACUUCAAAGCCAGCUACCUCUGACAACUCCAGCAGGAGGGAGGCUGAAAUGGGCUCGACUAUCGACUCCAAAAGGUUGCGUCCAAUUCGACAGCGUACACGGAAUGCGGUGGUCAACAUCAUGGAGAACGGUGACGUUUGCCUGGAGUUUGUUAAACAGAAGCACAAAGAGGAGAAGGUGGUCGAGGUUUUCGUUAUCUCCAACAAUGGCCAGCAGGUCAGUGUGUACCAGCCCAACAACGGCAAGGGCGUCCCGGUAGAGGAGCAGCCUGUGUCCCUUCCCAGCGUCCCCCUGAAGUCCUUCACAUACACAGAGCUGCCUGAGAAGUACUGGAAGAAGUACCAGUAUGCCUCAAGGUUCGUGAAGCUCGUGCGCUCCAAGACGCCUAAGGUGACCCUGUACACGCAGCGAUGCAAGUGUAUGCUCAUGGAGAAUGGACCAGACUCGGAUUUUGAGGCGGUGUUUUAUGAUGCAACGGCUUCAUUAAGCGGUGCCAAGUUCACAUCAAGCAGUCGAGGCAUGAGAAUCAUUGAGCGUACGGGGACCUCGCUGGUUCUCGAAUCCCCGGACAUGGAGCAGCGAUUGACACAAGAGACCCAGAAGCUUCUCGACUAUGUGAAACAGUGUCGUCAGCAGUGUCGGGACCUUGAAACAGUCGUGGCGGCUGUGCAAGAACGAUGCUCACUGCGGGAAGAGUUGUUCCCCAUUAUUAUUGGUCGUCGACCCAACUCGGCCAAUCUGAAUGAUUCUGGGAAGUUCAGCACGGCCAGCAUUGGCACUGGCAGUGAUGAGCACAAUAACAGCAAUAGGUCCUCCGAGAAUAAUCGACCUCCCACUAUGACCUCCUUUGACGGCACAGUUGUCAGCGCAGUAACGGAGUGCGAAAAGGCUAAACCUGUCGAAAGCUGUUACGACCGGACACACUCCACCAUGAUGGGGGCACAAGGUGUCAAUACCUCUCCCACUGGCAGCCACGUCCGCAAGAUGACUGGCAAGGACAUUUUACGCCAAGUGCUAGUGCAGGAGAUAGGCUGGGCUUCCCAGCAUUCCAACGGUGAAAUCUGGGUGAAGUUUUUCGAUGGAACUCAGUUGGGCGUGAAGUCCACAACCACCACCAUUAAAUUCAUUGACCAGUCAGGGAAGCUGAAUCGCUUCCAGAAGACCGACAUUCUUCCCGAGGCGGUCAAGUUGAGACUGGAGAAGGUACCGCUGGUCCUGGAGCAUCUCUUGCAGGAAUCCCAGUCCGCACAGCAAGUGUCCACGAGCCGACAGGGACCCAGAUAACUGGCUUUCUCAGCUCACUGUUUGGCGGGCUUUUAACAAUUUAUUCAGCAAUCUGUGAUAUGUACAGCAAGCACUUCUGUUGU